AUGGACAUUGACAUGGACUACGAAAGACCCAACGUUGAAACUAUCAAGUGCGUGGUGGUUGGAGAUAACGCGGUGGGAAAGACGCGUCUGAUUUGCGCCAGAGCGUGCAACACAACCUUGACCCAGUACCAGCUGCUGGCCACCCACGUCCCCACCGUCUGGGCCAUCGACCAGUACCGUGUCUGCCAAGAGGUCCUUGAACGCUCAAGAGAUGUUGUGGAUGAAGUGAGUGUUUCUCUCAGGCUGUGGGAUACGUUUGGGGACCACCACAAAGACAGGCGCUUUGCUUACGGAAGGUCUGAUGUAGUUGUUCUGUGCUUUUCAAUUGCUAAUCCUAAUUCCCUGAACCAUGUGAAAACGAUGUGGUAUCAAGAGAUCAAGCACUUCUGCCCUCGCACCCCUGUCAUUCUGGUGGGCUGCCAACUCGAUCUCCGCUACGCAGAUCUGGAGGCUGUCAACAGAGCCAGACGGCCCUUGGCAAGGCCAAUAAAAAGAGGAGACAUUUUGCCACCAGAAAGAGGCAGAGAGGUUGCCAAGGAACUUGGGAUACCAUACUAUGAAACCAGUGUAUUUGACCAGUUUGGGAUUAAAGAUGUGUUUGACAAUGCAAUCAGAGCUGCCCUGAUCUCCAGAAGACACCUGCAGUUCUGGAAAUCUCAUUUGAAGAAGGUCCAAAAACCUUUGCUUCAGGCUCCAUUCCUACCUCCAAAAGCCCCUCCUCCAGUUAUCAAAAUACCUGAAUGUCCUGUACCAAGCAUGAAUGAAGCUGGAUAUUUAUUGGACAGCCCACUGUGUGCAGAUGUUAUGUUUGUUCUCCAGGAGCAGGACUACAUUUUUGCUCACAAGAUUUAUCUAGCUACCUCUUCUUCAAAGUUUUAUGACCUCUUCUUAAUGGAAUGUGAGGAAAGUCAAGACUUGGGUGAAACACAGUGUAAUAAAGAAAAUACAAAUCAGGAUGUUUUGACAAGUCACCUUGAGACAAGUGGUGACAGGGACGAGUCAUCCUUGAAAGCUGCUGAUGUUAAGAUUCUCCCACCAGAAAGUACUGACUCUUUCAACAUGCUAGAACCCGAACCUGGUGAAACAAAUCCUGCAGCAAGAUCUCUGUCAUCAUGGGGUAAGGGGUUUGUUAGUGUGCAUAAGGAAAUGCAAGUGAAUCCUGUCUCAAACAGGACGUGUCCUGUAACUGUGGUGAAAAUGGAUUCAUCUGUGCAGGCCGGACCUUUUAAAACCGUUUUGCAGUUUUUAUACACAGGGCAACUGGAUGAAAACGAAAAAGACCUCACAAGACUAGCUCAGAUUGCUGAAAUCUUGGAAGUAUUUGAUUUGCGAAUGAUGGUGGAGAAUAUUAUGAAUAAAGAAGCCUUCAUGAAUCAAGAGAUUACGAAAGCAUUUCAUGUCAGAAAAGCUAAUCGGAUAAAAGAGUGCCUUUGCAAAGGGACAUUUUCUGACGUGAGAUUCAAAUUGGAUGAUGGAACCAUCAAUGCCCACAAGCCACUGCUGAUUUGUAGCUGUGAAUGGAUGUCUGCUAUGUUUGGAGGAUCAUUUAUUGAAAGCUCAACCAGUGAGGUAUUUGUCCAUUUUUGUCCCAUUUUUGCUU